UCAUAUAUCUUAAAAAACCGUAUAGUUUUCAGUAUACUAGUUUAUAUCAGUAUAUUGAUUUAAUGUUAGGAUUCUAUCAUACAGUUCAUUACAUUUCAUCGUUUCCCACAGUGUAUUAUAAGCCCUGAGGCCUUCAUUCUUUAUUUGUUGCCCCACCAGGCUAAGCAUUGUUUAUUUAUUUAAGUCUUUGUAAAACGUUUGCAUUUUCUAUGACUUUAUAGUUAUUGUUCAAGUAUUAAUCUUCCAAUCUUUCAAUAACACAUAAUUCUCAAAAUGUAAUUUCAAAUUUCCCGUCAACUUUUAACAUUUUUUAUCUCAAAAACAUGACCAGCUACAGGAUGACUGACUGUCAUAAAACUCAACCACCAGGCUUACCAUGUUUUCUGGGGGAUACCCUGCAAGCACAAUGCAUGCUAAUAUUUAUUUAUCACAUACCAGAAAAAACAGCUACCUUCUGUUUAUUCAUAGUCAUGGUUGUAUUUUCUGUCUUUGUUUUAGGUUCAAUGUCAAGAAGAGAGAGAACACAUAUCUCGGAGGAAGCGAAGGUCUUCCUCCAGAAAGCCUAUAAAGAAGGGAUGACCAGGGUGGGAUCUCCACUGGUUGGAGCAGCAUCCCAGGCCACUGGCUUGCCACCGUUUGUCAUUGAUAACUGGAUUGGAAACUAUAGAAGAAAAAAACCAUCUUCUUCUCAACCUAAAAACAAGAAGUUAUACACCAAGGACCUGUCUGGUUACAACCUGUUCUGCAGGGAUCAGUUAAAGAACAAGGGAAGCCUGAAAGAUAUUACGCAGAAAUGGUCCACCUUGGCAGAAGAGCAGAAGAGGCAAUAUGCGGAGAAGGCAGCAGCUCUAAAGGUUCAGCGCACUUCAGAUGACAUGAGCCCAGAUAUGCGAUGCCUGAAAUUGAAGAAGCACCUAAAGCAGAUGAAAAUAGAGGUUGCCAGUCUUGAGAAGCUUGGUGUAGAGACUGGUGUAAUGAUGUAUGACCAUCAAAAGCCUUUCUUAGAAGUCCUAGAAGUGAGCAGCAAAGGUGCUUCUUCGUUCUUCGACAGUACCGACGUACUGGACAACUUUGCACUGCAUUUCAAAGGAAAAUCAUCAUCUACUUCUGCUGCAAAAGAACCGGUUGAUCCAAUGGUUAAGAAAGUGCAGGAGCUCUUCAACAGGAAAUACAAUGAAGCGGGAGGCAGAGGAAGGCUCCCGUACAUCUCCAUUCAAAAUGAAAGCAUAAUUAUCAACGCUUUUGGUCUACCUGAUGGCAUCACUCUCAAAAAACCAUGCCACUAUGGAUGUAAACAGUUAGAAGUC